UAUCCAGUCUUUCUUUUCCCGUCACACCAACACGCGACUAAACAAACACACGAGAUCAAGCAGCACGAUACCCGGCUCCUUCCCAUGGAGCGCCGAAAUACCUCGAUGGCGCCUCCACCCUCGAGGGCCGGAGGCGCUGCCAGUCGAUCGAGCAUACGGCCACCAGCAACUCGAGGAGGAGCUAGACCAGGCGUAACGCGACACGCGUCUUCAGCGAUGUCGCGACUUCAACGACCAUCCUCACCAACCGAGUCGCUGAUGUCGGUAGCAACGACAGCCACGGCAGGCGCUAAGCGCAAAGAACGCGAUUUCGACCCCGACGAUGGAGAGGCUACCAACAUCAACGUUGUCGUGCGGUGCCGAGGGCGCAAUGAGCGGGAGGUCAAGGAAAAUAGCGCUGUGGUCGUUGGAACGGAAGCGACAAGAGGGAAAAUUGUUGAACUGUCAAUGGGUCCAAACGCGGUCAGCAACAAGACAUACAAUUUCGAUCAUGUUUUCUCGCAGGCGGCCGAUCAGGUUAUGGUGUUUGAGGAUGUGGUGAAGCCGAUUUUGGACGAGAUGAUGUCUGGCUAUAACUGCACAAUUUUUGCCUACGGGCAGACGGGCACCGGCAAGACGUACACGAUGUCAGGCGACAUGACGGAAACGAUGGGCAUGCUGUCUGAUAAUGCAGGCAUCAUUCCCCGAGUACUUCAAGCCCUGUUCGCUAAGCUCGAGCUGGAGGAGAAGGACCAUUGUGUGCGCUGCUCCUUCAUCGAGCUGUACAACGAAGAACUACGGGAUCUGCUCGGUACCGAUGAGAGCACCAAGCUCAAGAUUUACGACGAUAACUCGAAGAAGGGCCACUCGACCACGAUGGUUCAGGGAAUGGAGGAAAGGCAUAUCUUGAGUGCGACGGACGGUCUCAAAUGGCUCCAGGAGGGUAGUUUGAAGCGCCAGGUGGCAGCCACAAAGUGCAACGAUCUCAGCAGCAGAAGUCAUACCGUGUUUACGAUCACUCUAUAUGCCAAGCGUCAAACGGGCGAGAAUGGAGACGAUUACUUGAUGGCAGGCAAGCUGAAUCUGGUCGAUCUGGCUGGUAGCGAGAAUAUUCAACGAUCCGGAGCAGAGAACAAGCGCGCUGCUGAGGCGGGACUUAUCAACAAGAGUUUGCUUACCCUUGGGCGAGUAAUCAACGCCCUGGUCGAUCGAAGCCCUCAUAUCCCAUACAGAGAGUCAAAGCUCACUCGUCUACUGCAAGACUCGCUAGGUGGACGGACAAAGACAUGCAUUAUUGCCACAAUAUCGCCAGCAAAGGUCAACCUUGAAGAAACGAUAUCAACACUGGAUUAUGCGUUCAGAGCAAAGAAUAUCCGAAACAAACCACAGCUCAAUGCGUUGAUCAACAAAAAGACACUGUUGCGAGACUUUACCACCGAGAUUGAACGGUUGAAAGGCGAGCUCAUCGCCACCCGUCAACGAAACGGUGUCUAUCUAUCGAACGAUGCGUACGAAGAAUUGACAGUGCAGAACGAGUCUCGCAGAAUCUUAACGGAGGAGCAAGCUGCCAAGAUAGAGACUUUGGAAAACAACCUGCGCAACAAGGUGCAGGAGCUGUUUUCCCUGACAUCGAGCUUCGUGGGACUGAAGAAGGACCACGAGGGAACACUGGGUCAAUUGGACGAUACCAAGGGCGUCCUGGAGCAGACCGAGAUAGUGUUGGCGGCUACCAGGAAGGGACUGGCGGAGGAGACGCAUAUUCGAAAAGCACACCAGGCAACCGAACAGCGGUUGACAGCUGUUAGCAACGAGCUCCUCAACUAUCUUGGGAGGACGGUUAAUGACGUCGAUGGCUUGCAUGCAAAGAACCAACGAAAGUCGGAUCUUCAUGAUUUCAACCGGGAAACAUGGGGCAUAGCACAGGCUCAUGUCACGGAUAUCACGGAGAUGGUGGAAAGUCGCAUCGCGCAGUUCCGAAAAGGGCAGGAGGAUCACAUUUCGAACAUUUCCGGCCGUAUGCAGGAUUUUGUCCAGGAAGAGCUUGAAAAGCUGACAAGCACACAAAACUUUCUUGACGAAAACCUGGCUUUGUUCACCGAAUCCAAGCAACAUCUGUUGGAAAGGAAACAGCAAUCCAAGGAGGAGAUGGAUUCAGUACUCGAGGAGAUCAAGGUUGUGCGAGACAAUGUGAAGCAAAGGGUUGGUGAAAGCCUCCAAGCCAUUGCUGGUGCUGCGGAGAAGAUUGCUGGAGAUGUCCUUAGCGAGCUGAGCACCUUCCACAACCAACUCCACACGUCUUACAGCUCUCUUGGGAAGGAAUUCAAGGGGAUAUUUGAAGAGCUUUUGGGGAAUAUCAGUGCUCAAAAGGCAGAGUCUGAUAGGCUCAGACAAGAACUGGAGGCAGCAACGCAGACGAUCGUUGAGUCUAACGAGUCCGUGUCGGACAGGAUACAGGAGGUUUUGGAGGAGGAAAGGAAACAGGCGGCCAUUGAAAGGCAACAGUUGUUGUCACAGAUCACUAGCCUUAUCAACUCGCAGGCUCAGCUGCAGGAGUCUCGGUUGGUUGAUAAGGCGUCUACUAUCCAGGACAGCAUCAAGGACACAAAUAAGACGUUCAAGAGCAACGUUGCGGGUUACAGAGAGGGUAUGAACGCAUGGAACGCCAAGGAUAGCCAGCUUCUGGAGGAGAUUGCGCAGUCGAGAGAUGUGCUCAAGACCAGGCUUAAGGAUGACUGGACGCACAGUACAUCGAUCCAGGAGACGACCAAAUCUGUACAUGCAGAGACCGUUCGUGUUGUCCACGAGCAGCUGGAAGAUCUCGACGUUCAAAUGCAAGAUCUCGACGACUUUGUCACCCGCGCCAAGUCCUACAAUGCCCAGCAGAGCGAGCACCUUUCCGAAGCCGUAUCAAAUCUUAACAACACUGUUGAGCAGUCCUUUGAUAACAUUUCCGGACAUUGUAAGGCGACGUUCGGCAGAGUUGAGGAUCUUGGUCAGCAGAUGGAAGUCGAUGUCCAGCGAUUCCACAACGCCCUCGCGCCCCUCGACGAAGAGGUUAUUCAGCCACUGUCGGAGCUCAGAGAGGACAUCAGAGCCACCGAGUUCAAAGAGUACGAGCCGACGGGGACAACUCCCCCGAAGGUCCAGUACCAGUACCCAACCGAACUUCCUCAGACAGCCGACCACGCCGCCUUGUUGGCUGAUAUGCGCGAUGCUCCAACACCGAGCAGAGGCGCCCCCGUCAGCAGCGUUCUGCCCAACGUCAGCUUCACACCACCAUCAGCUGUCAGAACGCCCUCCCGCCUGCCAGUUGGAUUAGCUUCCCCGAGCCGUUUCUCGGAAAGCGCCAGCAAGAUCCCUCCCGGUGGAAGUCUUCGAGAAGUCAACCCCAACGUGCCGUCCAGCGCUACGACCCCCAACAACACCAACGCUCAGGUUUUCGAUUCGGCAUCUAGUGUUUUGUCGCUUCCGACUGUUAAGGAGGACGGGGACGACGAUGUGACGAUUACCAAGCUCAAGGCACCCGCAGCUACUGGUCCGCCAAGGACGAGGUCGUCGAGGCUGGCGAGGAAGCCGAUGGGCGGGGUGGGACAGGGACCGGAAAACAUUCCGCCUCCUGCGGCUGCGAUGAGGAGUUCGACUAGGAGGAAGAGUCCGCGGUUGAGGUGA